ACCACUACCAACACACCCACGCCCGCGGCUGCACUCGUCUCCUCGCCCCUCUUCCUCCGCUUGCCGCCGCUUGCCGACCUGACAGCCCCAACACGUCCGCCCGCCUGCCCUCCCCUUGUUGCCAUCGCCUCUGCCGCCCGUACAGGCAUAUCCCGAUAGCGCCGCGUCACUUGCCAACAUGUCGGCAGGCAGGAUGCAGCAGGGCCAGCGGCCCGGAGGCUCCAGGUUCGCGCAGUUCAAGCUCGUGCUGCUGGGUGAAUCCGCCGUGGGAAAGUCGUCUCUAGUAUUGCGCUUUGUCAAAGACCAAUUCGAUGAUUACCGGGAGUCGACGAUUGGCGCCGCCUUCCUUACCCAGACCAUCGCCCUGGAUGAGAACACAACGGUCAAGUUUGAGAUCUGGGAUACGGCAGGCCAGGAGCGCUACAAGUCGCUUGCCCCCAUGUACUACCGCAAUGCAAACUGCGCCGUAGUCGUCUACGACAUCACACAGGCGGCGUCGCUGGACAAGGCAAAGGCGUGGGUCAAGGAGCUGCAACGCCAAGCCAACGAGAACAUCAUCAUUGCGCUUGCAGGAAACAAGCUGGAUCUCGUGACGGAAUCGCCCGACAAGCGCGCCAUUUCGACGGCUGAUGCUGAGCAAUACGCCCGCGAAGCCGGGCUGCUCUUCUUCGAGACGUCGGCCAAGACGAGCGAGAAUGUCAAGGAACUCUUCACAGCCAUUGCCAAGAAGCUGCCCAUUGACCAGGCGGGCCCGCGAAACCUGAGGCCAGGCCAGCAACGACCGGGCGUCAACCUGAGGCCGGAAGCCAACCAGACACAGGGCCCUGCAGGCUGCAACUGUUAGGUGGGCAUGACUGAUUAUGUGAGUGCAGCCAUGUGCCGUGCAGGGGGGGGGGUUAGUUUGUGGGGUGGAAGGCGAGCAUACACACGCACAUAGACACACACACAUGUGCAUGUAGCAGGAAGCAGCGCAUGUGGGGUGGCGAGUAUGUUUCUUGUUGCGCCGCCAUGUUCUGUGCAGAGCAUGUCGGGCUUUGGAGUACGGGUUGUUUUGAUUGCCAGGCGACGAGUGCGUUUAAGAGCAAAUACUGGGGGCCACCUGAUUUUUUUAAUUAAUGAUUUCAAC